CAGUGGGAAGGUCUGCAGGCAGCGGCCGCAGCUGGUGCAAUGCAGACUCCUCUGGCCAUUCCAGUGCCUGUGCUCCGGUUCCCCCGCGGCCCUGAUGGCUUGAGCCGUGGCUUUGCCCCUGAUGGACGCAGGACCCGCCUGAAGCCAGAAGCACCUGGAAGCCAAGAGUGUCCUGUAGGUCAACAAUCCCAGGAAUCCCGGGAGCAGCGCGCCCGAGCCGCCCUUCGGGAGCGCUACUUGCGCAGCCUGCUGGCCAUGGUGGGUCGCCAGGUGAGGUUCACACUGCACGAGGGUGUGCAUGUGACCGCCCACUUCGGAGCCACCGACCUGGACGUGGCCAACUUCUACGUUUCUCAGCUGCAGACUCCCAUAGGUAUACAGGCGGAGGCCCUGCUUCGCUGUAGUGACAUUAUUUCUUACACCUUCGAGCCAUGAAGUCAGUACUGUGUUCACCCUUCCACUGUGGGCUUAGCUGCGGUAUCCCAGGUUUCUUUCCUGACCAGGAACUCGGGGGCCUGAGGAGUUCUGGGUUCCCUUGGAAUUCUAGCCAAUCUCCAAGCAUUUGUGGCUGUUGAGGACCUCCAGGGUCUACUCAAUAAAACUGCAGCCCCCGGAAUUCUGAUGUCACCGAAAGACUGUUCGACCUCCGAGUUCUGAACUCUACCGAAUAUGGGCCAGGUGCCAGUUCCUGAAGACAGGGCAGAGGGCUGGGUUGAAGGAAGGCAAACUGUAGGGCGGGGAACUGUAUUCAAGAGUUUGCAAAAUUCCCCAGUGCUCCCGUCCCGUUAAAGAAGCAAUCAUCCCAGCACAAUUCAACUCUUGGUUUUCUUUUCAAAUGUUUGGGCUGUCUGAGGGAUGGAAUCUUCUUUGGGAGGUGGUAGGGUGGUUAUCCAGGUUCAGGAUCCUGUGGGCCUGGGUGGAGAUGGUGAGGAACCUGGAUAUGUGUGCAGGGCUGCUCCCCACAACUUCUCAAGGGGAGAUCUGUACUAUGGCAGUUUGGGUGGGUGAGGGGUGGAGCUUUCUUUUUAAGCCAAGGAGUGUGGUUCACACUGGGUUACGUGGCUGCACACAGGUGUCACUUCUGGGGUCCCACUGUGGAGAGGUGUGGACUUGCACUCAGCUGAUUUUUUUUUUUUGGUGUCAGGGUUCGAACUUGGGUCCUUGCACUUGUGAGGCAGGCAGCAGAACCACUGAGCUAAAUCCCCAGCCCCCUGCUGAUUUGUUUCUUGCAGGUGGAGAGAAUGGAAAGUCGUGAACAAGAAAAAGCAGAGGAUUAGUGGUUAGCAUGAAGCUCCACCCUACCUCCAUUGUCCUCUGGCUCCCCCCUUUCCUGCUUUUUAAUGAGGCAGUCCAUAUAUGCUUCAUUUAAUCCUUAUCAUUCAGCAGAUGAUAUUUAAAGUAGUUUGUGUCCCCUGUUGAAAAGAUAGGUUUUUUGUUUUUGUUUUUGUAGUUCAAGCUGGCCUCGCACUUUAAAAAAAUCCUCCUGCCUCAGCCUGCAGGCACUACCAUACCCGGCUUCCUGUCCCCUAUUUUAGUCCUCUCAAGUUCGGAAUUUAAGUGAAGCCUUCCAGUAAGAAUAAAAGACAUUUGUUUUAUUAGUUGCGAACACGCGCUUGUAGGUGAUGCUGAAUGGGCCAGUCAGUCCCAAACGCCCCAUUAGUCCAUUCACUACGCCACCUCUGGCGAGUUCCAGGCCUAGCUCUCCGACUGCCUUAGCAAGUUGGUGGCUUGCUCCGCCCCAAGCCCCUUUCAAGGUUUCAACCAGCCGGUAGGGGCUCUGUGGGCGGGGAAAGGAUAGCGAAAGUGCCGAGCCGAAACCUGAGCAUUGAAUUGUGCCCUGGGGGCGUGGCUCGCGCUAGUGAUGGUUUGGUGAUCUACCUUCAUUGCCCGGUGUUUGGAUCGGCAGAUUCAUCUCUCCCUUUUGGGAACUCUUCUCCCAUUAAAAAAAAAAAAAAAAAAAUCAGGUAUAGGAUAUUCCUCAUGGACUCGCAUUUAAUUUAAUAUUGUAAUUUAGAUUUUUUUUUGGUACCGGGAAUCGAACUCAGGACAUCGCACUUGCCGGGCAGGCGCUAUGCCGCUGAGCUACAUUCCCGGCCCUGUAAUUUAGAUUUUAUGCGGAGCUGCCGAGAUACCUAGAACUACUGAUGAAACUGCAGCCCGCAAAUCGAAGCCUAGAAUCUAGAAAGAGGGCAGCAGAUUGAGUGUCCAGACAGGAUCCCUCUGUCAUCACCCGUCACCUACUCUUCGGUCUCUAGCGAAAGUGCGAAUACGAACGAGCAGGCACGCGCGGGGCUCGGCGGAGGCGCGCUUGGGCUCCCGGCGACGACGACAGAGACGACAAGGAGAGGGGACGGAGGCGGCACCUGAAGCAGCGGUGGAGCCCAUGCCCCGGGACG